AGAUUUCACCCACACAUCGGAAAAGACACACACAUGUUAUCAAAGAAAUUAAUUGAUCCAUCUUCUGAUUUUAAUUCUGAAGCCCAAAUGGCAGGAAGCAGCAACGAAUCAUCAUCUUCCACCUCCCAGAAGAAAUCAUACUCUGACAUGACAUUUUCCGGCAUCGGAAACCUCAUCAAGCUCCUUCCCACCGGCACCGUCUUCGCCUUCCAGUUCCUUAACCCCGUCCUCUCCAACAACGGCCAGUGCCACCCUGUCAACAAGGUCCUCACCAGCGUCCUCAUCGGCCUGUGCGGCCUCUCCUGCUUCUUCUCCUCCUUCACUGACAGCUACACCGGCAGUGACGGCGCCACCCACUACGGCUUCGCCACCACAAAGGGUCUCUGGCCGUCGCCCGACUCCAGCGAGUCCGUGGACGAGUCCCAGUACAAGCUCCAGGUGGGGGACUUCGUGCACUCCUUGUUCUCGGUGGUGGUGUUUGCGGCGUUGGCUCUUCUGGACUCCAACACGGUCGAUUGCUUCUACCCUUCCUUUGAGUCGACUCAGAAGGCUCUCAUGAUGUCCCUGCCGCCGGUGAUCGGCGUAGCUGCCAGCGCCGUGUUUGCCGUUUUCCCCUGCGGGCGCCAUGGGAUAGGGUACCCUUCAAGUUCAAACAAGUCCACAUCCAAGAAGUAAGGAAGAGAGUAACAUGACAUGGGUCCCUAAUAUUACCAUCCUACGUGCAAAAUAGUGUGGAUCCCACGUAUUUUUGUGUAGUCAAUUUAGGUCAUAAUAAUACAAACCCGUGUCAUCCAGGUAAAAUUGUUUGAUGAUAUUAUAGAUAAUGUUAUAGUUGUCUUCUUCUAUUAUGUGAGUUUGUGAAGCUUACCGGUCUAUGUAAUCAAUAACGCUAUCGUUAUUAGUUAGGAUAUAUGUAAAUUAUAAUGUACGAAUCCUAACGUAUUUUGUAAUAUUAUCAUUUUUAGCGUAAGUGGCGCUCAUUUUAACUAA